AAUCAACUUAUGUAUAUUACUUUGAUAAUAAGUCAUCCAUCUAUUUGUAGUCUGUUCCAUAUAUUUGUCAUUGCAUCCAGGACUGAUCUCAAAACCAAAAUAUGCGUGAAAAGUGUUUAGAACUGACUCUGAUUCAAUGGGUACUGCAUUGCUUUGCCGACAGCAAAAGAAUUCACAAUCACAAGCUUUUCCUUCAUCUCCACAAGAAACGAGUCCAUGUGUAAGCACAAUAGCGACUAUGAUCACUUACACGUCACGAUAUCAUAAUGAGGCCAAUCUUUCCUACAAUGUGCAUCGAUGCAUUCUAAGUAAUUCAAUUUUCCGUCGCCUUUGUCAGCAUGGCUUGAUUGUAAGUAAACACAUGCUGUUUACACGUAAAAAUCGAACCUUGUUUAGCUUCUAGUUGCCAAGUUGUAACUUC